UUAGUAGUAGUACCUACGUUUUUUUAUCUCCUUUGAGUUCUUCUUCUUUUUCCCUGGAGUCAAACUCUCUCUCAAAACCCCCCUUUUCUCUUCGAAGAAGCUCAAACACGGAAUUUCGUAAGAUAACGAGAAAAAUUCUCAUUCUCGGAAUUAAGAAAGAAGGAAAAAAGAAGAAGAAAAAGUAAUAGAAAGAACUGAAGCACUGAUCCAUUUCGCUCAUGGAUAAAAACACCGGUAAAAGAGCUGUUGUUGGGAUUGGUGUUGCCACAAGAGGUUCUUCCUUGAGUUCCAGAGAUUCAUCGAACAAUGAGAACCGAAACGCACAAUGUUGUAACAGGCUAGGUUGCAGCACCAGAUUUAACUCCAUGAAAGGCUCUGUUGGUAAAUCAGAAAGAGAUAAUAGAUCGGGUCUUUCUGUCCGCUCAAGGGGUGGUAACUCAAAUGUUGGAAGCUCCUCGAAAACAUACUCUACAAUGAAUGAAGUAAAAAAAACCAACCAAGGGUUCCAGAAACAAUCUUGUCAAAAAGAUGCAGUUUCUGCUGAAACCAGCAACAUGCGUAUGGAGGAAGAAGUUUCAGAUCCCAGCACCUUUAAUGCCAGAGUGAAUCCUAGAGUGAAAGGCGCUGAACAAGCUGGAGUUUUGAAUGGGUUAUCCGUUAAUACUUCGGAGGAAGUUGUUACGAGCAAUGAAUCAUCAAACAUAAGAACGCAGAAGCAAACCUUUAGAAGACCAGGACUAAGUAAUCAGGAUUUUUCUCCUAACUCCUCGGCCCGAAGGUCAUUUGCUCCUAAAAACAGUUUCCAAGCUUCAAAAGCAGUCUCUAAUGGUCAGGGUAGCUCGAGCAGAUAUGGUCUCAGAAAUCUUGGAUGUUCAUCAAUAUCUGAUGUCCUCCCAGGUUGUUCAUCUUCUGAUUCUGGCCGUGGUAGAAGGACUGAAGUUGCAAAACGCAAAAGUUCCGAAGGAGCAAGAGGGAAGGUAAUGAUUGGGUCAUCAAGUGGAGGAAAUUCAGUGAAUCAAAAUUCACCAUCUGGGUCUAACCUGUCUAUCUCUGAACGCCCAUCAUCAUCUCAUCAAUCUUCAAGAACCAGAAAUUGGGCUCCUAGUAGGGAUGGUGUUACAUCAGUUAGAACUCGUAGGACAAUUAAUGGAGAAACUAGGUCAAGGCUCUCCGAGACUGGUGUAGAGAAUAACUCAUCACAGUCUGAUCCCCUUGUUGUGAUUUCAGAACUCUCUCCCGCUGAACUAACAGUUGGCCAAUCCAGUCAACCUAGUUCCUUGCACCAAUCUUCAUCAGUGCAUCCUAUGGCACACCGAAGCUCUUUUGACCGCCCUGGUAGUAGCAAUGGGAAUGUGCGAAUUCGGCCGAGUAUUCAUUCAGAAGACGAUGGUCUGCGGAUGUUCAGUGGACUCUCAGUCGAUCGAGAUGGUCUGCGACGCUUCAACAUUGAUGGAAUCGCGGAGGUAUUGCUGGCACUGGACAGGAUUGAACAUGAUGAGGAGCUUACAUAUGAGCAAUUAUUAGCUUUGGAGGCAAACUUGUUCCUGGGUGGCAUUAGCUUUCAUGACCAACAUAGAGAUAUGAGACUUGAUAUUGAUAACAUGUCAUAUGAGGAAUUAUUAGCUUUGGAGGAGAAGAUGGGUAAUGUUAGCACAGCACUUACAGAAGAAACAAUUUUGAAAUGCCUUAGACGGAAUUGCUAUAAUCCUGUGCCUGCUGAUGAAAAGAAUGUUGAAUCUGGGGAUGAUGAUGCCAAGUGCACUGUUUGUCAAGAGGAAUAUGUCGAGGGAGACGAGGUGGGUAAGUUACGCUGUGAUCACCGGUAUCAUGUAGUUUGCGUUCAGCAGUGGCUGCGUCAGAAGAACUGGUGUCCAAUCUGUAAGGCUCCUGCAGCAGAUUCCUAGUUCUCUCCUCCACAUUACCUGCAACUCAUCUUCGUUGAUCAACCAUUUGUGUCUUUGUCCUGUUCAUAUUGUCCGUCUUCUUUUCCCCUUGUACAUAUAUUACAACAUCCCCUUCAGUGUACCAAAAUAAGCCACAGUUUUUAGAACCUUUCACAGACAUGUGUCUUGGUUCUUACAUCAGUGGAACAUAGGACCAUUUGCAUUUGCAAACCCCUUGAUGUCAUAUACGGGCUUCCCAUUUACUAAAAACCAUACAUUCUUUCUUGGUACUGAGUAACAAAAUCUGUUUUCGCAAGAACUUGUAUCCACAUUGGGUAUGGAGCGAAAGGCUAGCAUUUUGAAUUUAUUGCAUUUCACUUUUUAUC